CAUAGGAACAAUUUUCCGCCCCUUAUAGAGGAUUUCUGAUCCCUACCCUGGUGUGACCACUGAUGGAGCAAGAGCAAAAACUGUUGGUCUCAGACUCUAGUGGCUUCAAGGAGAGGGAGAAUUUGAAAAGCCCUUUUACAGGACAUGAAAGUAAGAAUAAUUUGGAAACUGCUCAACACAAUAACUCCAAGGCAGAGAAAGAGAGAGCCUCAAAGUGGUCUAAAAGAGAUGGCCUGCAAAAUUGUAAGCAUGAGGAUACAAAAGAAAUUUCAUUGACAUGGUCCCAAGGAGAUGAGAUCUGGUGUAAUGAUUCCUAUGAGAAUGGUGGCAAGUCAGAGACUCAGGGAAAUUCCACAGGAAAAGAUGAAAAACCCAAUCACUGGAAUUGGGACCCAGGGGAACAGUGCAGUGGCUCUGUCCAGCAGAAUUCAACCUUCAGAGACAAACCCUACAAAUGUCCUGAAUGUUGGAAAAGCUUCAAUAACAGUUCGCAUCUGCGUAUUCACCAGAGAACCCACUCAGGAGAAAAACCUUAUAAAUGCUCUGAGUGUGGGAAAUGCUUCAGUAACAGCUCUCACCUGAUUCAACAUCUGAGAACGCACACGGGAGAGAAGCCCUACCAGUGUGGUGAAUGUGGGAAAAGCUUCAGCAAUACCUCCCAUCUCAUUAUCCAUGAGAGGACUCACACAGGAGAGAAACCCUAUAAAUGUCCUGAGUGUGGGAAGAGCUUUAGUAGCAGCUCCCACCUGAUUCAGCACCACAGAUCACAUACCGGUGAAAAGCCAUACGAAUGUCCUGUUUGUGGGAAAUGCUUCAGCCACAGUUACGUCCUAAUAGAGCACCAGAGGAUUCACACUGGAGAAAAGCCUUAUAAGUGCCCUGACUGUGGAAAGAGUUUUAGUCAGAGUUCCAGCCUGAUUCGCCACCAGCGGACACACACAGGUGAGAAGCCCUACAAAUGUCUUGAGUGUGGAAAAAACUUUGGUUGUAAUUCGACCCUAAUAAAGCAUCAGAGAAUUCAUACGGGAGAAAAACCCUAUCAGUGUACAGAAUGCGGGAAGAGUUUCAGUCGAAGUUCAAACCUAAUUACACACCGGAAAACCCACACAGGCGAAAAGCCCUAUGAAAGUUCCGAAUAUGAGGAAAGCUCGAGUCAGAACUGCGGUGUGAUAGAGGAAUGCAGACUCCAGCCAGGGGAGAAACCGUACAAAUGUUGUGAAUGCGGAAAGCGUUUUGGUCUCAGCUCUCAUCUCAUUAGACAUCAGAGAACACAUACGGGAGAAAAACCUUACCGGUGUUCAGAGUGUUGGAAAACUUUCAGUCAGAGUUCCACCCUGGUGAUUCACCAAAGGACGCACACAGGAGAGAGACCUUAUAAGUGUCCCGACUGCGGCGAGUGCUUCAGUCAGAGCUUUAAUCUUAUCAGGCACCGGCGGACUCAUGUGGGAGAAAAACCUUACAAAUGCACUGACUGUGAGAAAUGCUUCAGCAGAAGUGCCUAUCUCAGUCAGCACCAGAAAAUUCACAUAGAAAAGUCUUUCGAGUCUCCUAAAGUUGAAGAUUUUCCUCAUGGGUGGACUUGGAAAAACUAUCCAGGGGAAAAGGCCCUCCUCUCUUCCUUUUCGGUCCCAAGUCCAUCUUCCUCUUGAGUUUCAAAGGCUGUUUAUUUUUAAAUUUUUUUUCUUUUUCUUACUGGGCCAUUACAAUGAUGGGGUGGCUACA